CACAUAGCAGCUUUAAAUACCAUCAACUAUUUCCCUCCCCUACGAAGCUCCAUAUUCUACUCUACUCGUACUAUACUAUACAAUCAUCCUCAACCUAUAUUACAGGACACGACAAGUCAUCAGUAUGUCCUCCCCACCAACAAGAUCAGACACAAUCGACUCUGUCCCGGCAGAGCUCCAGGUCGAUGAAACCGGCUCCUCUCGCAUAUACCACAUCUACAAACCUGCCUUCCGGAGACACUAUGAUAUCAAAUCUUCCUCAGAUGAACCACUCUACUAUGUCAACAUCUCGUCCUUCACACACAACAAACCCGAGCUCACUCUCCACGUUGGCACCAACAAAACAGGACCCAUAAUAGCAGCCUCCAAAUUCCUCAAGCUCUCUGCAGACUGUAAACUGGCCCUUGGCGAUCCGGAAGACCUGAAAACCACCCAGUGGGAAGAUAUGGUCCGAGAGUCGCCCAUUCACUCGAGAUACCGGCUCGAGAUGACUAUUCCCAGUGCGGAGGGAAAUAAUCAUGGAGAGCGACGGGUGUUUCUUUGGAAACGCACACAUAGCAUCAAGGUGGAGGACACGAGACCCUUUCCGUGGAGUAUGCGGUCGUUUAAGAUGGUUGAUGAGAAGACGGGGCAAGUUUUGGCUGUGUUCUCGAGGGAGAGGUCGGUUUCAAAGUGUGGGCAAUUGCAGAUUCGGGCCGAGUAUGGCGAGGACUUUGAUCGGAUGGUGUUGAUUUCUGGCCUGAGUGUGUUCGAGAAGGCUUCUGGUGGGGGUGGAGGUGGAGGAGGAGGUUGAUGGGAUGUCAGUAUUUGGGGCUGUGGUCUUGGUUGGUGAGCGCAGUCACUUCGAGCAGAUACUCGAGAAGUCGAUCCAAGGGACAUUAAAUAUCAAGUCUGUUGCUCCAUGGCUGAAGAAUCACUCACAUUAAUGAUACGUAUGUCAGUAUCGCAGGCUCGAACCCUCAGAUACCGCACGUUGAAGCUAUCAAUGUCAGUCUCCUCAGAGCCGUAUCUCAUGGAAAGGCCAUAAGCAAUAACAGGUCUCUAAAUGCAAUGCAUCGACGUGUUAACAUUCACUUCCUCCAAAUUCGAUUGCCCGAACCCCCCAGUGGUGCAGUGGGAUAUCCCCACACAGUCGCCACUACCGGUGAAUUGGAAUACCGGCAGUCCGGAUGUUGCACAAAGCACCCAGAUGCAAUUGGAC